GGGCUGGGGGUUGCGUUUGCUUGCUUUGCUUUUGCCCAGAAGAUGCGGCGGCAGAGCCAGGGGAGCGAUGGAAGAUAGCGCUCGCCUGCAGCCCAGCGAUUCUGACUUUCCACUUUAGUCUUCGCAGUCGUUCCUCGCUCCCCUCUCGUCGCUAUACCCUGCGGUUAGAGUUAGUGGUGAUGUUUCAGAGCCCCCAAAGCAAGCGUGUGCACGCGGGUGCAGGGGUAGCAGCCAGGUCUGCCCGUCUGGGUUUGCUCCAGGACGGGAGUCGGGGGUGUGGAAAGAGCCUCGCUUAGCCCGGCAUGGAGAAGGCAUGGGAAGCGAAGAGCGGGCCCCACCGCGCUGGGAUUGGUCUGGGUUAAGAGGCUUGCAAGUUUCUUUAGCUCUUGUCCACCGAGACGCGUAGUCGCCGGCAGCCCUAGUUGAUAAUUUUUAAUCAUCAUAACAAUAUCUUUAAUGGUACGAUUUCAGAAUUAAGAGCUUUUAGAAUUUGUUACCGCCGUCUCAAGGACAUCAAGUUUGGGAUGCCACCUUGUAGGUGGUGUGACAAGCAGUUCACAGUCUGGUAGAAGCAAGGAAAAGUUGCUAGGAGAAUGACUCAGCUUCUAGCCAAGCCGAGGUUUCACCGAACUGGGCCUUUCCUGGAUCCCGUGUUCCCCCUUUUCAGAGCUGCUUGCAAAACUAAUUAACGUUAUGACAAUAAUAGCUUCCUGGGCUUGAAGGAACUGCCCAGGAAAGUGGUGCUUUCCAAAAUGAUGCUUCCAAGAGGAGAUUUACAAUAGCUACGAUGACUUAGGGAAACACAGAAUAUUAGAGUUGGUAGAGAUUCAGGUAGUUCAGUUCCUUUUUACAAAUGAAGAAUCCAGUGCCCAAAGAAGUUAGGAGACCUCAAGAUCACAGAGGUCUGGAACAGACUUCUCACCCAGCACAGAACCCCUUCUGCCUCACUCACCAUCAGGGUAAAGGCACCCUAGAGGGAAGAGACCACCCCAGCCAGGCUAAACUCAUGACUAAGUGGCUGCUCUGCUUCUUUCCUCCAUUCCCCACCCCAGCUCUCAUCUCUCCAGUGGUAUUGAACAGAGAGCAUGCCGGGCAUUAUUUCCAGUGCUUCACCAGUAGCAUUUUUGGUGGAGAGGCAAAGAUCUCCCUGAAGAAUAUCUGCAGAGCAGCCCAUGAUGCUGUCCCUUGGGUACUGCUUUGGGAAGAUAUAAGGCAAUGUGGGGUCCAGAUGACAUGCUCUGACUUGUCACAGUCUCUGUGGGGUGGAGAGAAAGUUUGUCUCUUAAGACUGCAAACAUUCUGUGGCCUUGGUACCCGUGCUUCAAGCCUAUAAGGAAUUCCAGUGGAUUAUUCGGAGGGUUCUGAGUCUUGGUAGGGUUGGAUUGGCUGAGACUGACAGCUCUCAUCCGGCUAAAGCCAGUGAUGGACCAGUUUCAGCUGCAACCUCAAUAUUUCUUUCAAACCUCAGUCACUGAGAUUUGCUACUUGCAAAACACUGGGAAUAUAGAUAGCUUAUGAUUUAGCUGGGGAAAAGAACAUUUAUUGGGAGUUUAUCUUGGGCUCGGCAUUAUCUGUGCAUUAAUUCAUUUGAUCCUUAUAACAACCCUAUGAGGUAGAUACAAUUAUUACCUCCCUUUUAAAGAUGAGGAAACUGUGACAGAGAAAGGCUAGAUAAUGUGCUCCAAGGCACGUUGCUGGGGAGUGACGAUGCCAGGAUUAGAACUUUGGCCUCUGGCUUUAGGUCAUACCUCCUUUCAGGAAACAGACCAGUGUGAAACUGCGGUUGUAUACUGCCUCAAGGCUGGCUGAGCAGCUGGCUGCCCACUUGGCGCCCGACUUCCAUGUCUCAGCUGAAAAAUGUGGAAGCCAGGAUCCUCCAGUGCCUCCAGAACAAGUUCCUGGCCCGAUAUGUGUCCCUCCCAAACCAGAACAAGAUCUGGACAGUGACAGUGAGCCCCGAGCUCAGGGACCGCACCCCCCUGGUGAUGGUGCAUGGCUUCGGGGGCGGUGUGGGUCUCUGGAUCCUCAACAUGGAUUCACUGAGCGCCCGUCGCACGCUGCACACCUUCGAUCUGCUCGGCUUUGGGCGAAGCUCGAGGCCAACGUUCCCGAGGGAUCCAGAGGGGGCCGAGGACGAGUUUGUGACCUCAAUAGAGACGUGGCGGGAGACCAUGGGGAUCCCUAGUAUGAUCCUCCUGGGGCACAGUCUGGGAGGAUUCCUGGCCACUUCCUACUCAAUCAAGUACCCUGACAGAGUUAAACACCUCAUCCUGGUGGAUCCAUGGGGCUUUCCCCUCCGACCAACUGACCCCAAUCAGAUCCGUGCACCCCCGACCUGGGUCAAGGCUGUGGCCUCUGUCCUAGGGCGUUCCAAUCCACUGGCUGUUCUUCGAGUAGCUGGGCCCUGGGGGCCCGGCCUGGUACAACGAUUCCGACCGGACUUCAAGCGCAAGUUUGCAGACUUCUUUGACGAUGAUACUAUAUCGGAGUAUAUCUACCACUGCAAUGCACAGAAUCCCAGUGGGGAGACGGCAUUCAAAAGCAUGAUGGAGUCCUUCGGCUGGGCCCGGCGCCCCAUGUUAGAGCGAAUUCACUUGAUUCGAAAAGAUGUGCCCAUCACCAUGAUCUAUGGGGCCAACACCUGGAUAGACACCAGCACGGGGGAAAAGGUGAAGCUGCAGCGGCCGGGUUCCUACGUGCGAGACAUGGAGAUCGAGGGCGCCUCGCACCACGUGUACGCAGACCAGCCGCACAUCUUCAACGCAGUAGUGGAGGAGAUCUGUGACUCGGUUGACUGAGCUGCUCUUCCUAGAGGACAAGGAGAAAGCCAGAGAGUCGCUCUCACCUCCCUGUCUCCUUACUUACCCCUCUGUCCUUUCUUCACCAACUAACAUGCCAGCCAGGCAGAGUCUCGGGCUGUCCCCAGGGCAGGACCAGAGAUGAAGAGCACUCCUGACUCCACGCUAAGGGCUGGAGGCAGAAGCCACAAGAGGCCUUGAGCUCCCUACCCCGGGGAAGAACAUAAAGGGUUGCAGAGCGCCACCCAUUUUCUCCAUGCCAAGUGUUACCAGGUGGUGGUUGUGAAGGAAUCGCACCAAGCCCCGUCCCCCCAUGCCAAAGGGAAGGCGGCCGCCUUCCCUGGGCGAAGGAGCAGCUCUCAGCAGCCUUUCCCAGCAUUAGAGUAUGUGUUGGGGUAGGUUCCAUGCAAGAACAUCUUCCUCCUCCAUCAUGCCUGGCCUGCCAGCCCGUGCCAGUUCUGUCCAGGGUCUGGUUGGGACUGGUUCCCACUUAAGUACCAAGAGCAGGUCUUGGAACCCUCGUGACCUGCAGACUCCCUCCCGUGACCUGAGAGGUCCUAUCCAAAGCCCUCAUUAACAGAGGAGGCCCAGGGCAGGGCAGGGCAUGGCUGGUCCAUGGUGCGACAGCUCUGUUCCAGGAGAGCUAAGGCUAGCACCCAGGUCUGCUGAGAGCCAGUGCUAACAGCAGACUCUGCUAAGGUUUGAGGCAGGCACUAUUGCCAUGGGGCUGGUCCUGGCAGAGGAUAAGCCCGACCCGGCCCCACAUUCCAGCCUCAUUGUACAGGGGUGCUGUUCUCCUGCCCUGUGUCUCAGCCCUGGCUGCCUAAGCUGGGGACACUCAAGUGCUUCCUUCCUGCCCCCUCUUCCUCUCACUGGGAGGCCUCUGGGUCUCCCUCUGUGCCUUGGGCCCUGAGGCCCCACCUGUAAUAUAGAGAAAGGUGGCCCCUGGUGGAGAGAAGGGAAAGGCCCUUCACCCCAAGCCGUGUCUGGAUCCCCAUCUUCUCUAGUUUCCGCAGGGUUUUUCUACCUGCCCCCGGAGCUGAGGCUCAUGUGAGCCUCUGCCCAGGGUCCGGUGGGGAGCCUCUAGCCAGCAGUUCCUUGUCCUCAUCAGCCACAGGAUGGUUCUCACUGCCUGGCCCUCCAUCCCUGCCACCUGUCCUUCUGGUCUCCAGCUCAUCUGCCCCCACCUACCUGUCACUCUUUCCCAGGGGGUGGUUCCAGGUGCUGCUCUGAGGUUCUGGGCAGUAGGCUGGGCCUGGCUCCAGAACCAGGGCAGCUCCUGCCUACUCCUUCACUUUUGUAAAGCCAACCCUUUCACCAGAAUAGUUAUUAACUCCUGGUGCUUUGUACUACUGGUCCAGCUGUCUUGGGCUCCUUUUCUAUAUUAAUAAAGAAAUGAGUCAAAACUG